AUGGCUGACUGGUCCGUUGAUCAGUGGCGGUCAAUACGAUUAAGCAGCAAUGAUCUCGAGCAAUUGCAUCCACUCUUAUCGCUUGUUGGGUCCUAUGCAAGGCAUAUUGUAUUGGUACAGCCAUCCGAGAAGAGCAUCAUCAAGGUGAUCGACAGCCUAAUCCAUAUGGGGUUUACAUGUCUCUCCACAUUCAUGGUUGCCAUUGACAACAAGUGCGAUUUGGUGCCAUCCACUACUUUUUCAACCUUUGCCCAAUACAUGACACGUUUACAUAUCGGAUCGACUCGUAGUCAAUGUGAUAUCCUUGGCAUUUUGGCAUGCUGCCCACAGUUGACUCAUUUUUCAAGUUCGGCUCGAGUUCACGUAUCACCCAAGACAGCUAACAAGGCAUCAUCAUUAUCAUGCUUCAACCUUCAAUUCUUACGUCUCAACCACGGCAUCAGCACAGAGCAACUAUUAGACAUCAUGCGUGCAAGUCCCAACAUGCGCCAUUUACGACUCCAGUGGCACUCCAACAUUGAUUUGAUUCAAAUUGUGAAAGCUCGACCAGAAUUGGAUAUCAUCACAUGCAAUGUUUUCCCUUCCCUUGGUCAAGAUCCUUUAUGGUCAACAAAUUACGAGACACCUUGCAACCAUUUACGUACAUUCGAAAUCGACAACGUAUUGCACGAGACACCUUUGCAUCAUUUAAUGGCCAUUUUGAAUACAUCGUGGGGAGAAGGCCUUGAACGUCUUUCAUGUGGUAUUGGGAAAAUCUAUGGCAGCAAAGAUACGAUGCGAAAAAUGCCACCCAUCCUUACACCACCAGACACGUGUCAGCUACAAGAAUUCAUUUACAACAGCCAAAAGUCACACAAUGAGGAGAUUGAUGACCCUGAGGAAACGAUCAUUCUUCCAAUCCUUUCUCGUUGCAAGCAGUUACAUACCAUUGCUAUUGAUAUGGAUACCUGUCAUGAGAGUCGAGGUUGGAUGAACAGUCAAGAGGUGCCUGAUCUUACGCCUUUCAAUCAUCUCCCACAUUUACGUCAUCUAUCCAUCCAUGAAAACAGAAGCGAUCUCUCGGAUCUUUCUUUUAUGUUUUUGCAAAUGCGACAUUAUGGCGUGCAGCUAGAGUCAUUCGAGUAUCAAAUGAAUCAGGUUGAUACAGCGCUCGAGUUUGUUGGAGCAUUGAUAACGAUCCCUACGAUGCGACAUUUGAUCUUGAAAGAAGCCUAUCCAAAACGUCUCAUGCCUCAAGGUUUAUUCACGCUUGCUCGAUGUCUAAGUCAAUCAUCGCCUAUCGUGUCGUUGACGCUAAAAGGAUGCCCAAUCAUGGAAUACAAGCAGACAUUUGAAAUUUUAUGUGAUAUGACAGAUAUCAAGCAUCUCACCCUCAGCAAUACACGUUGGCUAAACGUCUCAGGUUUAAUGCAUUUGGCUGAUCAUCAUACAUCUCUCGAUACACUGGAAUUGGUGAACGUGACAUUAAACGGAGAUGGCAUACAAACACAAGACACCAUUGAAUACCUAGAAUCAAGGAUUAGUAACGUUAUCGUCAAUUCGCAAUUAAAAGAAGAGAGUGAAUAA